GAAGAAAGAGCGAAAGUAGUUUCUUGGAAGGCACUCUAUAAGACUAUAUAUAUAUAUUGUACAGAGCACGCCUCUUGCAUAAUAAAGUGCUUCAUAUUCAAGCCAUCACUUUAAGACUUGCCUUUCAUAAUCUCUCAGAUAUCUUUCAACUUCUUCUGUGCUUUAUUCUUUGGUUCAUUUUGUUUGGUUUUUCCCUCCAUCUAAACAACAAACGUAGUUGUUUCUGUGACACUUCACAUAGCAAUUUCAACAAGCCAUGGAAAUGAAGGCAAAGAACAACAACAACAAGAACAAGGUUGGGAGUGAAUUGGGUUGUGGUCUCAUGGGGAGAAUUCUCCACCUCAAAAGCCACAAGAUGAGAAAAGCAUCUGUUCACUCCCUACCCUUGAAGAAUGCACACAGUGAUGAUGAUGAUGUCAAAACUGAAGAAUCAAAGGUUGCAAGAAAAAGCUUCACUCACACAGAGCCACCACACAAACUGAGUGGUGCAGAGCAGAAACCUGCCAGAAUGAGUGUCUCUAUUAUUCACCACCAACAACAACAACCUUGUACAAAUCGAAACAACCAACAUCUGAGGCAUUCAGAUGUUGCUGCAAGAAGCUCAACAUCAUCGUUCACUAGUACUUCAAUUUCAUCUCACACUAAGUUUCAACAAAACCAGGACAAGGAUCAUGAGAGGAAGCCACGUGGAGACCCCACUGGAAAUUCUCUUGCACUUGCUAGGAUAAGCACUAGCAAAGAGAACAAUGAGAACAAGAAGUCUCAAUUGAAACUCACCGGGAAUUUGCUUGUGAAUAACACACCAAGAAGGAAGAGUGUGGAAUACAUGCCCAAGAGUGCAGAGCUGAACUCUGUUCGCAGUUCUUACACCAAUGCAAGCAAAGUCUUGAUGGGGAACAUCAUGAGGAGGAACAGCAACGAGGUUGCACAGUUUUUGAGUCCAAGGCUGAAAAAAAUGGACCCUGAGGUGUUGAAAUCCAUGGGAAAUGAAGCAUACAAGCAGGGAAGAUUUGAAGAGGCCUUGGCUUUGUAUGAUCAAGCAAUUGCACUCGAUUCGAAUAAGGCGGUAUAUCAUUGCAACAAGAGUGCAGCUUUAAUUGGCUUAGGAAGGCUUCAGGAAGCAAUUGUUGAGUCUGAGGAAUCUAUCAAGCUGGACCCUUCUUAUGUCAGAGCCUACAAUCGUUUGGCCACAAUAUAUGUCAGGUUGGGAGAAGCAGAAAAAGCACUAGAUUGCAAUCAGUCAAUCCCAUAUGUUGAUUCAAUACUUGCUUUCCAAGCUCAGGCUCUUCAAAAUCACCUUAACAAAUGCAUAGAAGCACGGAAAGUCAAUGCGUGGAGUGAUAUACUAAAGGAAACACAGUUUGCAAUAUCCUUAGGUGCUGAUUCAGCUCCACAGGUCUAUGCUUUACAAACUGAAGCCUUGCUGAAGCUCUUAAGAUAUCAAGAGGCCUAUGUCAUCUACGAUAAAAUGCCAAAAUUUUCAAUUGAUUGGUGUACCAAGAUGUUUGGCCCAGCUCGCAGCGCUUACCUGUUGGUGAUAGGCUCAAUGGUUUACUUGGCAUCUGGCAGGUUUGAGGAAGCUGUGGCAUCAACUCAGCAAGCAGCUAAAGUUGAUCCAGGCAAUAGAGAGGUGAAUGCAAUGGUAAGGAAGGCCAGAGCUGCAACAUCAGCUAGAAUGAGCGGAAACUUGCUCUUCAAGGCAUCGAAAUUCACCGAAGCAUCUGGCGCGUACAACGAAGGACUAGAGCAUGAUCCACACAACUCAGUUCUACUAUGCAACAGAGCUGCAUGUCGUUCCAAACUUGGUCAAAAUGAGAAAGCAAUUGAAGAUUGUAACGCGGCACUUAUGGUUCAGCCAGGUUAUAGCAAAGCAAGGCUAAGGAGGGCAGAUUGCAACGCCAAGUUGGAAAGGUGGGAAGCUGCUAUUCAAGACUACGAAAUGCUAUUAAGGGAAAGGCCAGGGGAUGAGGAAGUGGCAAGGGCUUUGUUCGAAGCUCAGCUCCAACUCAAGGUGCUUCAUGGUGAAGAUAUUAAGGACUUGAAAUUUGGUUCAAACUUGGUUUCCAUCUCAAGUAAUGAUCGGUUCAGACAUUAUGUAACCUCACCUGGUAUGGCUGUGGUGCUCUUUAGCAACAAGACAACCCACAAGAAAGUGUUGCUAGUGUUGGAGCAAAUCAGCAAGAGAUUCCCAUCAGUUAAUUUCCUCAAGGUGGAAAUCGAAGACCACCCCUACUUAGCAAAGUCAGAAGGUGUGAGCUCUAUCCCAGCCUUCAAAAUAUACAAGAACGGAUCAAGGGUUAAAGAAAUCUCAGGCAACAACCACGAGUUGUUAGAAAGAUCAGUUAAAUUGUAUAGCAGCUGAGAUCAUUGCACUUGAAUAACUUCCUCAAAUUGUUUCUCCUUCAUAAAUUAGCUGAUCUUGCUUACCGGGCAAGAGGAUGAGCAUUGUAUCACUGUAGCAUGUAAAAAUGUUCAUAGAAAAAAAUUGUGUUAGUAAUAGAUUCUUUUAAUCUAUUGAAUGUUCCUUUAAUUAUUCAUAGCCAUGUAUAUUGGUUCGAAAAACCUAAACAAUUGCGUUGUAUUUUUUUAUAUAAAAUAUUACGUGUUCUUAACAAGAA